AUGGAGAAGUGUAGCGAAGGCUAUGGCUUGUUCUCUAUAUCCGGCUUACGGGAUCCGUGCUACCAGUAUGUUGAGCAAUAUGUCGAUCAGCUCCAGGCCUUAGGCGUGGACUUUCAGGCGGUACACACGGAAGGUCUUCGAGGGCAAUACGAGUUCGCCUUAGGACCUCGGCCGCCCCUCGAAGCAGUGGACCAAUUAGUGCUAGUACCUAUGAUAGCCACCUCAAAGACACCUUUGCUCGCCAUGGCUACAUGCCCCGAGCUCGAUAAGUCCUUCCUCGCGGGCAUUCUCAAACGCCUUCUAGCCCUCUGCAGCGGCGGAAAUACGGUUAGCUGGGGGACUGAAUCUCGAGUUGCGCCAAUCCGCAAGAUCAAGCCGGGCCACUGGGAGAUUCGAAAUAUCGAUGCAAUGGCCAAUAUGUAUUGCACUCUCGCUGCCAUCAUUAGCGCUGGUCUUUGUGGUCUGGCUGGCCGUGAACCACUUUCAUGGCCUGACAUACAUAACCCAGCAAACAAAGACGCUGGUCUAGGCGAGCCACUUACCGAUCGAAGAAUAUCCGAUCACCCGUCGUUCAAGGACGGUGGCGCGACUGGAACGAUGUGGGAAAUUUCCUUCCUUAGCGCUAUGAGCGGAUGA